GCGCACCUGCUUGAAUGGGGAAUGCGCUGCAUCAUCACCCAGGUUUUCACGCCGGCGGUGCCGCUGGCCUACCAAUGGCAGCUGAGCCGGAUGGCGGGGGGGCACGGUGGGACCCACACCGCGUAUUUCUAUGCUAUCGCCAUGCGGCAGAAGGCCGCGCGCGCGCUGGAGCAGGGCGCGGGCGGCGUUGAUGCGCUGCUGUGCACCCUGGACUGGGAUCUGCUCAAGGCCGCCAAGGCCAUGGCGGAGUCGUCUAAGG